AUGGCUCCCGCCGCCACUGAUACCAAGUGGUCUGUCCAAUUGGACACCCCAAGACGAGAAAACCUCUUCAAGAACCCUCCCAAGGAUCACACAGCCUUUCCAUCUUUGGCCGAGUCAAUUCGACCUCACAUCGAUUCCUUCAAUGCUCUGUUCGACAACAGCAAGAUCUUGGAGGCUGGUUUGAAAGACAUUGGCACCAAGACCUUCCUCGAUGGAGAACAAGAAACCAAUGAGCAAAAGAGAAUCCGCUUAGCGGAGGGGCGCCGUGCGCCGAGGCGCAACCGUCUCAAUGUUCGCGUGAAGGAAUUAUGGCUCGACAGGGCCACUCUUCCACCCACCAACAAAUUCAGCACCAAGAACCGCAAUAUCUACCCAUCCGAGUGCCGUGAGAGACACUCAACCUACCGUGGCAAGCUCCGCGCCCGACUGGAAUACCAAAUCAACAAUGGCGACUGGAUGGAAUCAGUGCGCGAGCUGGGCAACGUUCCAAUCAUGCUGCGCACUAACCGCUGUCACCUCGAGAAGGCCACUCCGGAAGAACUUGUCACGCGCAAGGAGGAGUCGGAGGAACUGGGUGGGUAUUUUAUUGUGAACGGUAACGAGAAGCUGAUUCGAAUGCUCAUCGUCGGCAAGCGAAACUACCCCAUGUCCAUUGUUCGUGGUUCGUUUGUCAAGCGUGGACACACCUACACCAAGUUUGGUGUUCAGAUCCGAUCCGUUCGACCCGAUCAAACCUCGCAAACCAACGUCCUCCACUACCUCUCUGAUGGUAACGUCACUUUCCGUUUCUCCUGGCGCAAGAAUGAAUUCCUGAUCCCCGCCGUGAUGAUCCUCAAGGCCCUUGUGGAGACCAACGACCGUGAGAUCUUUGAGGGCAUUGUGGGCAACGCUUCGUCAAAGGGAAUGAACAACACCUUCGUCACGGAUCGUGUCGAGCUUCUACUUAGAACCUACCAGGCCUACGGCAAGCACAGCAAAUUUGACUGCAGAUCGCACCUGGGCAAGUCUUUCCGUCCGGUUAUGGGUGUUUCUGCAGACGUCUCCGACGAAGCAGUUGGUACUGAGUUCCUGCGCAAGGUUGUACUUCCUCAUUUGGGCUGCCACAAUGUCACUGAAACUCAGGACUACGACAAGUUUAAGAUGAUCAUCUUCAUGAUCAGAAAGCUGUACGCUCUUGUCGCCGGUGACUGUGCUCCUGACAAUCCUGACGCGGUGUCUAACCAAGAAGUUCUGCUCGGCGGUACCUUGUAUGGAAUGCUUCUUAAGGAACGUAUAGAUGAGUGGCUGCGAUCUUUUGGACCAAUCACCCGCGACUGGUGCAUACGCAACGGCAACGCCAAGUUUACAGAUGCUUCAUUCGAGCGCGACUUCUUGUCCAAGGUCGUUAAGCGAUCCAACGAGAACAUUGGUAAUGCCAUGGAGUACUUCCUAUCAACCGGUAACCUGGUCAGUCCUACUGGUCUUGAUCAGCAACAGACUUCAGGUUACACUGUCAUGGCUGAAAAGAUCAACUUCUACCGAUUCAUCAGUCACUUCCGUAUGAUUCAUCGUGGUAGUUUCUUCGCGCAGCUGAAAACUACCACUGUCCGAAAACUGCUUCCUGAGAGUUGGGGAUUCUUGUGCCCCGUUCACACUCCUGAUGGUUCGCCCUGUGGUCUGCUGAACCACUUGGCACACAAGUGCUUGAUUGCUACGGAUGACCUCGACGUCUCGCAUUUGCCCCGUCUUCUUGUCCAGCUCGGUAUUCGAUCCGAUUCUUCCGUCGCACUGGACGACAGUGUCGUGGUUCAGCUGGAUGGAAGAAUCAUUGGUUACUGCUCGCCUAAACAGGCUCACCAGAUUCACGAUACUGUCCGUCACUGGAAGGUUUCGGGCAAGAACAAUGUCCCCCUUGGAUUGGAGAUCGGUUACAUUCCCAACUCCAACGGUGGACAGUACCCUGGUAUCUACAUGUUCUCGCAGGCGGCAAGAAUGUACCGCCCUGUCAAGUAUCUGGCUCUGGACAAGCUAGACUACGUGGGUCCCUUCGAGCAGCCAUUCAUGGAGAUUGCCUGUUUGGAGUCCGACUUGGUUCCUGGCGUCUCUUCCCACAUUGAGUUCACACCGACAAACAUCCUCUCCAUUGUGGCCAACAUGACUCCCUUCUCCGACUACAACCAGUCUCCCCGUAACAUGUACCAGUGCCAGAUGAGCAAGCAGACCAUGGGUACCCCCGGUACUUCGAUUGCCUACCGUACAGAUAACAAGUUGUACCGCCUUCAAACUGGUCAGACCCCAAUUGUUCGACCACCGCUCUACAACGCCUAUGGUCUGGACAACUUCCCUAACGGAAUGAACGCCGUCGUGGCCAUCAUUUCGUACACAGGUUACGACAUGGACGACGCCAUGAUUAUCAAUAAAUCCUCUCACGAGCGCGGCUUCGGUCAUGGUACCAUCUACAAGACUAAAGUCCACAACCUUGCCGACAAGGAUUCACGACGCGGCAGGUCCAAGCGCGACAUCACCAAGCUAUUUGGUUUUGCCCCCGGCGAUGAGGUCAAGGCCGAGGUGCGGGCAUUGAUCGACGACGACGGCUUGCCGCACAUCGGCAUGCGCGUCAAGGAAGGCGACAAGAUCGCCGCAUGGCACGACGUACGCUACGAUGCCGCAUCGGAUACAUACAUCAACAUCGACGGUGUCACUCAUUUCCUUAAGUACAAGGAUUCCGAGACUGGCUACAUUGAGAGCAUCCGUCUCAUGGGAUCUGAGAGUGGUACUGAGCCCCUCCAGGCCAUCAGUGUCAAAUACCGUAUCCCCCGUAAGCCCGUCAUCGGUGAUAAGUUCUCGUCUCGUCACGGACAGAAGGGUGUCUGCUCGCAGCUCUGGCCAGCCAUCGACAUGCCUUUCUCCGAGAGUGGUAUGCAGCCUGACUUGAUCAUCAAUCCUCACGCUUUCCCAUCACGUAUGACUAUCGCCCAGAUGAUUGAAUCCAUGGCCGGCAAAGCCGGUUCCCUCCACGGCCACCCACAAGACUCAACGCCCUUCCAAUUCUCUGAAGAGAACACAGCCACCGACUACUUCGGUCACCAGCUCAAGAAGGCCGGCUACAACUACUACGGAAACGAGCCCCUAUACAGUGGUAUCACCGGCCGUGAGUUCGCCGCAGACAUCUACAUGGGCGUCGUGUACUACCAGCGUCUACGUCACAUGGUGAACGACAAGUUCCAAGUGCGAACAACCGGUCCAGUAAACGCCCUAACCGGCCAACCAGUCAAGGGUCGUGCUAAGGGUGGUGGUAUCCGUGUUGGAGAGAUGGAGCGUGACUCCCUCAUCGCCCACGGAGCCGCAUUCCUGCUCCAGGACCGUUUGAUGAACUGCUCCGACUCCCAACACGCCUGGAUCUGUCGUUCCUGCGGCUCCUUCCUCUCAACCCAGAUUGCCGUCAACGGCUCUGGCGCAUCUCGCCGUGCUGCCGUUAACCCAGGUGCUGCUGCUGCUGCCCUCAAGAUCGCUCCUAACCAAAACGCCAACACCGUGUCGGCCGUUGGUGCCCUCGGUGGCGUGAAUGGUAUCGUCCGCUGCCGCCGUUGUGCCCGUGAGGCCUCGUUCAACGACUCUCGCGCCGAGGCCUGGGAGGAUGGUGAUGGCGUGCGCUACGUUGGCGGAGAUGAUGUUACCAUCGUGGCUGUGCCUGGUGUGCUUCGUUUCUUGGAUGUUGAGCUGGCGGCUAUGGGUAUCCGCAUGAAGUUCUGGGUUGACAACUAA